AUGCCUAACCGGGUCACCAAGGAGAAGGCUAAGCCGCGCAAGGCUCCCGAGUCGAAAUUCAACAGCAAGGAUACCACUGAUAACAGCCUCGUGCUUCUCUGGCUUUGCGUCAACAACAUCAGUGGAGACCAAAUCAACUUUGACGCUGUUGCUGCCGCGCUCAACAUUACAACCAUUGCUGCAAAGUUCCGCUUCCGCCGCCUGAAGGACAAGAUGGAUGCUAAGAUGAAGGCCUUUGAAGAAUCCAAGGAGGCAAAGCCUGAGUCCGCAACCAAGCCGGCCCAGCCAGCGAUGGAGCCUGCGGACAUUUGA